AUGUCACGACCCACGACCGGCCAAACGGCCGUAAUACAGUCAAAGACCACACCCCCACGACUCGGCCUCCCAUUGGUCGUUGCCCAAUCUCGGCCUCUCCCGCAAUUGCCCACUCCUCACCAUGUGCUCAUACGCGUUUUGGCUGUCGGACUCAAUCCGACAGAUCACAAGAUGGUUACCCACUUCUUCAUGCAGGGAAAUACUGCUGGGUGUGACUUCUGCGGCAUCGUCCAGGAAGUCGGGCCCCAAUCAAGCCUUCAUCCUGGCGAUAGAGUUGCUGGCGCCGAUUUCCCAUAUCGACCCAGUAAUCCGUAUAACGGCGCAUUUGCUGAAUACGCCACCGCUGAUUCGCGCCAUGUUCUCAAGAUUCCAGCCCACGUGUCAGACCUACAGGCUGCUGCCAUAGGUGCCAUUGGAUGGGGUACAGCUGCUUUGGCCAUCUCGGAUCCCGACGCCUUGAAUCUCCCCGGGCUACCGUCCGCCCCUGCGGAGAAAUGCAUCCCUGUCUUGGUCUACGGUGGGGCUACUGCUACUGGCAUCAUGGCUAUUCAGAUGUUGAAACUCUCCGGCUACGCUCCCAUCGCCGUCUGUUCUGCCAGAUCAGCACCAUUAGUCAUGGGACUCGGUGCAAUUGGCACAGCCUCUUACACAUCCUCAACCUGCGCCCAAGAUAUCCAAAAACUCGCCGGCGGUGCGAGCAUCAAGCAUGUACUCGAUUGCAUAACGGAUGCCGAAUCUGCGGCCAUAUGUUUCGGCUCAUUGGCGCGCAUUGGCGGCCGUUACGCCUGCCUCGAGGCUAUUCCAGAUGCCUGGCGUACGCGUCGAUCCGUGGCGGUCAAGGUCGUAAUGGGCUUUGAGGGGCAAAACUUCGAUGUUGAUCUAGCCCAUCCUGUCUACUCACGCAAAGCUAACCCGGCUCUGCACGCGAUUGCCACAACGUGGGCCCGUGAACUGCAGCCGUUGCUAGAUAGCGGGCGUAUCACCACACAGCCUGUUCGGGAGAUUGGGGGCCGUUUUGACGGCGUAAUUACCGCGCUUGAGAUGCUGCAGAGUGGUGAAUCUCGUGGUGAGAAGCUCGUUGUAAGAAUCUCCGAGGAACAAAGCGAAGUGUGA